GUUAACACUCUUCAUUGUUUUGUUCAAACUAGAGAGCGUUUUCUUACAGCUUCAUAAGCAGACUCUCUAGGAAAGACUUCUCUUACAAGAUGGUGAUAAGAGCGCAAUGGGGAAAGACAUGGCAUCUAGAAAUCUCCAAGAACCCGAGAUACUACUACAUUGAGAAGCGUGGAUGGGAUCAGUUUGUGAGUGACAACGCUUUAGGAGAAAACGAGUUCAUUACCUUCACUCACAGAGGAAAUAUGGUCUUUCAUAUCAACAUCUACGAGCAGAAUGGUGUAGAGAUGCUCACACCUCGAAAGUUCCAGACAAUGGAUUCUUCUAGUGGGGUCAAGAAAGAAGGAGAGAGUAGCUUCAAAGGUGUGAAGAAGGAAGAGGAAACUGAUGAAUCUGCAAGACGAGCUGAGUUCAUAGUUAGAAAGAGGAAGACUGAGGAAUCCAAAUCAUCUAAGAAGAAGAUGGAGAGAAAGAAAGUGAAGAAUGGUGUGGAAACAGGUGAAUCUUCUCGAGGAAGUGAGCUCAAAGCUAGGAAGAAGAAAGCUGAGGGUUACAAUACAUCCAAGAAGAAGAAGAGAAAGAGCAAGAGCAACAGCAUGAGCAAGGAAGUGCUGAAUGGUGUUCCAGAAUUCAAAAUCACCAUAAGGAAAUCAUACCUCAAGUUCCUGGCAAUCCCUAAACACUUUGUGGAUGAUCAUAUCCCGAGUAAGUCUAAGUUUUUCACGGUUCGUCACCCGAAUGGGAUUGGUUCAUGGAAGGUGCUCUGCUUGGUGAGGGAGAUUAGGACAAUCUUCUCAGGUGGAUACUCAAAAUUGGCAAGAGAGUAUCCUUUAAUGGUUGGUGACAAAUGCACCUUCAAGCUCAUCAAACCCUUCGAGUUUGUCCUUCUUACCUCCAAGAAGGCCAGAGAUGAGAUUGAUCACUACAUGAUCGAUUGAGGAAUGAAUGUUAAGUGUCUUGUGCUUUCUUAUCUAUGGAGACAUUUGUUCUGUUUUAUGUGUAUUUGUUAAUUUCCCUGAAACUCUUUAGCUUGUAUUUUCUGUAGAACUACUAAUGUCCUGAACUUUGUUUUAAGAUUGUUAUGCAAAUCUACCUAUCGUUUCCUUUGGCAUUGACAAGUGAAAGCAUGCUUGAAUUGAAUCAUAAUGAUAAUAAAAAAACACAUUGACA